CGGGACCCCACGCUUCCAAUUAUCCGAAGUCUGCCAUGAUGCACCCCGAGUUCGAAGAAUUGAUCGCCUGUGAAGAAACAAGCUUCAACCAUCCCCCGCAAUCGAUCUUCCGGUUCUUCUAUCCUAUUUUCGGUACCGAGCCGGAGGAGGACAAGCAGACCGCAUUGAAGAAUUUAGUUCAGCUGCAACGGCAAUGGUCUCGCGAUGAUCCCGACGCAGUGUGGUGCAAGGUCGUGGACAUAGAACAGAACGACAAAAUCGUCGGCGGGAUAUUAUUCAAAGUCCACCGCGAUAAUCCCUUCGUGCGACAUGGUUCGGGUUCAGCCCAGCAAUCGGCGACGUGGUAUCCAGCCGGUAGUCAGCGGGAGUAUAUUGAUGAGUGUUUGCGGAUGUUAACCGCUCCGCAUGAGAGGUUUAUGCAGAGAGCGUAUGUUUAUGCGUAUAUCGGGUUCGUACUUCCUGAGUAACGACAACGGGGGAUUCUGGACAUGUUGCUUGGGGAGAU